CAAAUCUAGCUGCUAGUAUUUCCUUCUAUUACAUACUGAGUUACACUAGUAUCAACUUGAGGUUGUGAAGAAUAUUAAGAGUGUAUCACUUCACUUUUACUACAUUUAUAUAUUAAUUAUAUAGUUGCAAGAUGAUGAUUUCAAGUAGGAGAGCAUGGACUGUGGCGGUUAGUGUUGGAGUUGUUGAGAGCUUGAAGGACCAGGGCCUCUGCAGAUGGAAUUCAACUUUCAAGUCAGCUCAACAAAGUGUGAAAAGCCAUAUGAGAUCUUUGUCACGGGCAAAUAAGCUCUCUUCUGCUAUGCUUUCUAGCACACUACUGCAUGGAGAGAAGACGAAGCAGUCAGAAGAAUCCUUGAGGACCGUCAUGUACUUAAGUUGCUGGGGUCCCAACUGAGAAAUUAGUCCUCCAAAUCUAAUGAAAUUUUGUACAUAUUAGGAAUUAAAAAUAGAUUUUUUGUUAGGUUAACCAUUUGAAUCCAAAGUCUUCUCUUGCCAAGUUUGGCUUUGUAUUCAUCGCAUGUAUAAUUGUAUAUUAAAUACGAUUUUAGAUUCCCUCAACACCACCAGAGUAUACUACUCUUAUAUUUUUUUAUAUAAUUUUUUAUACAAUCUCGUAUUUUUUUUUUA